CCAGACACCGGAAGCUGCCAGAGUCGCUGAAAGGAAGCGAACGGCGGCCAUCUACGUGAGGUCGACAUUUGCUUUUAAAGUUGACCAGAGUCACCACAGAUGCCGAGACACUGCUCUGCGGGGGGCUGUAAGUCACGUGACACCAGCGACACUCGCAAAGCUGGGAUCACUUUUCACAGAUUGCCGAAGCACGGUACCCUUCGCAGGAACCUAUGGAUCAUCAACUCUCAACGCACCGGGCCGCACGGCCAGGGCACGUGGAACCCCCAGAGCGACUUCAUUUAUUUCUGCUCCAAACAUUUCACCCCGGAAAGCUUUGAGCUGUCUGGAGUCAGCGGGUAUAGAAGGCUGAAGGAUGACGCUCUGCCAACCCUGUUUGAAAUGUUCCUGCAGCCCAAGAACAGAGGGCGAGGGAAAACGCAAAAUAAAAAAGGCAAAAAUGCCGUCGUGAACCCGAGGACCAGGAGGCCCAAUGCUCUGAAAGUGGAAACCAGCAACCGGCAUGGAGAACUUGAAAAGGAAUCAGAAAACGCCGGUGAACAAACACAGACCUCAGGGUUGUCUAACGAGGCUGAUCAGAACAGCACAGAGGAGAGCAGGACAGAGUCAGACCCUGUAACCCUCACCACCUUCCAGUCUACCGAGACCCCCUGCCUCCCCUCCCAGCCUCACCCAGGCUGUGAGCCUCCCUCCUCCCCCUCCUCCCCCCGGCCUCACUCUCCGUCCCGCUACAUGAGGCGCCUUCCCCCUCCUCCUGGGUUCCACCUCCCUAGGGAGCACAGCUACGCUCAGCUCUGCCCCCUGGUGUGGCGGAGGCGCUACGACCGGGCCAUCGACAGCCUGGAGAAGUCUCUCCGUCUCCUCAGCGCCGCCCGGCGGAGGGAGAACCGCCUCCGUCACACCCUGCUGCGCCUCCGCGAGAACCGGCUGAAGAACAGCCUGCUGCGUUCCCGGGACCCAGCCAGGGAGAGGGGAGGCCAGGGGGCCCCGGGGGAGGGCAGGGGGCAAAGAGAGGGAGGCUCUGGCCUCCUAGCACAGGGGGAGAGCGAGGCGGAGGACUUGGGUCUGUUUGAGGACGGAGCUGGUAGCAGGAGGGAGUGGAAGGGGCGGGGCUCUGAGGAAGAGGGGGGGUACUGCUUCUACUGUGGGAGAGGCCGGGAGGAGGAGGGUGGGAGAGGCCGGGAGGAGGAGGAGGGGGGGAGAGUGGCCAGGGGAAGCAGUCAGCUUUGUAACGAUGGUGGAGGGACUGAGCCUACGAGUCGUCGCGGCGACCAGCCAGGUGGAGAUCCUCUGAGAGGAGGGUGGAUGUCAAGGAAGGGGCGAGAUGAGCAGACAGAGGGAUCGGCGUGGAAUGCAGGAGCGCCCAAAGAAAGCUUUGACUACUACUAUUACUGCAGCGCAGGCAGCGGGGACGACGUGCAGGUCGUUAUGCUGGAAAUGCCCGACAGGACAGUGGAAGCUGCCCCCAACCCUUCGCCUGUGCUGCAAAUUCAAGCUCCGGUGGGCGUCAAGGUAACGGCGUGUUCGUCAGGGGCCUCGCUGCAGGACGGCCACGCCCACGUCCAGUACCUGCAGCCUGGCCCCUCCUCCCGGCCCAGCCUGCUGCACGCUGACCUGGGGCAGGGGCAGGAGGAGGAGCUGCAGCAGGUGUUCUGGAUGCAAGAAGACGCUGAGGGCCAGCUGCUUCUGACCCCAGUUCCUCCCAAAGAGGAAGGGAGCACGGAGGGGAAGAUGGAGUCGGUGUGCACGCCCACCGUACUGAUGUCAGAGGAGGAGUUUCCCAGAGACGGCGAUGAGAAGAGGGUGUUUGUAGAGGCUGGAGGGCUCAGGGUUGUGGCGCCCUCUGGUGGACAGGGGGGGUUCGAAGUGAGAACAGCAGAUGUUCGAGAGCGGCUGAAGGAACACCUGGAGGGCUUUCAGCUACAGCUGAGCAACGAGUUGGACUGAACAAAGCUCUGGAGACGUCCACCAAGACCAAGGAGGCCAGCGUCCUCGUUACAGUAAUAUCGUGAAAAUAAGGAUUGCAGUAUAUCCUGUAGGCGUCCAUUUUGGAUCCCGGUGUCUAAUGAAUGAGCAGAGCCAAAAUGGCACCUUAUGUACACUAUUAAACCGAGACUUCAAGGCUAUUUUACAGACAUCUUUGGUUCAUAUGUGCAUAAAGUUUUAACCAUGUUUAAUUAAAGUUAUAUUCUGGGAAUGUGAUUGUUAUACCUGUACUCGAUGUGAACCAAGCUAAUCUGGCAU